AUGCACCGGUAUUUGACUCUCUGGCUUCUAGCGGCAGCUUCGUGUGCUAGUGCUGCUUCUCAGGAAGAGGCUAGCAAAUAUACAGAGCCUACUGCUACUAGUGCCGAGCCUAAUUGGUUCCAAACGAGGCCUCAAAGCUUCCAGGGCCCUACUGCCACUGGUGUCGCGCCCUUUCUGGCACUGACCAACCCGGCGCCAUUCGGCUACAGAACAUAUCUCCCAAACCAUCCGAUAGAAACAUCACAGCCGAUACCGGGAGCAAGGGGACGGAAUGCUUUUCACUCCAUGGGUAAUUUGAGCCCCUACCAUUCGGAUGAGCGCGGGUUUGGAGUCGAUGAGUAUCCUCGACCUGUAGGAUCGAACAUUACCCAAAUGCAUAUGUUACAUCGCCAUGGCUCUCGUUACCCUUCAACUGGGGAAGCAUUAGACAAGUGGGCCAAGAACAUAUCCUUUGCCAUCGCUCAAGGCACGGUCUUCACCGGUCCUCUUGCUUUUCUCACUAAAUGGUCGUACCCUCUGGGAGCGGAAAUCCUAGUCCCCAACGGCCGUCAGGAGUUGUUCGACAGUGGGGUACUCAACUACUUCAACUACGGAGCGCUCUACAACAACAACUCCAAGAUUGUGGUGCGUACCACGACCCAAGACCGGAUGCUGAAGAGUGCCGAGAACUUUCUCUCUGGCUUUUUCGGCCUCGAAUGGACGGAGAAUGCAAAACUACUGGCAAUCAUCGAGGAAACAGGGUUUAAUAACUCACUGGCAUCGAUGAACGCCUGUCCUGGUGCAUUCAAGUCAUUCGGCUCCUUCUAUACGGAGCCCAUGAAGACAUGGAAGAAUAUCUACCUCGAAAAUAGGACACGGAAACUGAGGAUGUUUUCCGGUGGUUAUAAUUGGACAGUAGAGGAUAGCUUCAAUGCGCAGUUACUCUGCGCCUACGAAACGGUCAGCAUUGGGUACAGCUCCUUCUGUCAACUUUUCAACUACGAGGAGUGGGAAGGCUUCGCUUAUGCCAUUGAUAUCACCUUCAACGCCGUGGCAGGAUUCCAGUGCCCUACAGGUCGUGCACAGGGGAUCACUUGGGUUGAAGAGUUUAUCGCUCGAGUCGAAGGUCGUCCUUGGGAUCACCCAGCCGACACAACUGUCGCGAACGUCACUCUCAACACCAAUCCGAUCACCUUUCCUCUUAACCAGUCUCUCUAUCUGGACUUUACACACGAUAAUAUGAUUGUGGCUGUUCUUACUGCGUUUGGGUUUAAGCAAUUCUCGCAAUACCUUCCCCCUGAUGGUCCUCCUCGGCAUCAGCGUUUUCACACUAGUCAGGUUGUCCCUUUUGCUGCACGGAUGAAUAUUGAAAUCAUCAAGACACCCCAUAAGGUGAACCCACGGCGGUCGCACGAGCCACACAUGGAUCCUUAUCUCCAUGGUACCGGCGAGACGACCUAUGUGCAUUUCUUGCAGAAUCAACGGACUCUGCCGUUGCAUCGCAGCUUUAGAGAGUGUGAAUAUCGGAGCGAUGGGUGGUGUGAGUUAUCCACAUUCUUGAAGAUCCAGAAAAGAAGUCUAGAGAAAGCGAAAUUUAAGUAUUCAUGUAGAGGAAAUUGGACGGUGGGAACAUAUGGUGAUGUGACAGAUGGUGUUCCAUUUAACUAA